AGCCUCCAAUAAAGGAUAGCAAAAGUCACCGCUCUCCUUCCUUCAUGCAACCAACCAGCUGCGAGGAGGCAGGCAGCGGCGACGUAAAACGAAACCAGCACUGGAGCCCGUGUGAGUGUGUUUGUGUGUGUGUAGGCAGCGCACAAAGAUGAUUAAUUAGUAAAUUAAAGCUCCAGUAACCGGACGCCGCAGCUGAUCGAGGCUCGGGACUCAAUAGAGGACACCGGCACAUGUGUUCUGUAUUUUGAAGAAGGCUAGUUUUAAUAGGCUGCAACGUCACUGAGGCAGCUCUGUGCGCACUGGAAACCCGGAAUUCAAUUGGUGGAACCAGGAGGGGAGCCCCGGCCUUUUCUACUGCAGGAGGAGCAGUUUGAAAGAAACCGUGAGAGAGACGCCGCUGCCAAGACAGCAGCAGGAGCAGGAGCAGCAGCCUGCGCAGUUUAGGAAACGGCACAGCCUCCUCUGCUGCACGGCAUGAGGGACUUCACCAAAACUGCGCACUGACUCUGCAGGAUGCAACGCUGCAGCUGCAUAGUUUGUUAGACAUAGAUAAAAGCAACACGCCAGUUCCGGACGUGUGCAGGAAUUUGACAGAGGAAUUAGGCUUAACCGGUCGCUGGCCACAGCUGCGACAUUUGGUUUCCCCACUGAGAGUUUAUCACUCCUCCCCUCCGGAGAGCCCUGCGCUGUGGCCUUGUAGCGGACAUGGGAAAUGUAAACAGUAGUCGGGCUGGAUUUUAAACUACGCACACGUCUUACGUCCUCCUCUCGCCUCCUCUUUCUCCUCCCGGGGCGUCCGAGAUGGAGAUGGAGACGAAGAGGGUCGAGCUGGAGCAGCAGGGAGAGGCAGAGCCGCCCAUGCACAGCGUCCACGGAACCAACCGGAUCAGACCGUCCUCCUACCGGGCCCUGCGCAGCGCCGUGUCCAGCCUGGCCCGUCUAGAUGACUUCAGCUGCGAGAAGAUCGGCGCGGGCUUCUUCUCCGAGGUGUUCAAGGUGCAGCAUCGUGUGUCAGGCCAGGUAAUGGCUCUGAAGAUGAACAUCCUGGCCAGCAACAGAGCCAACAUGCUCAGGGAGGUCCAGCUCAUGAACCGACUGUCGCACCCAAACAUACUCAGGUUUAUAGGUGUGUGUGUCCACGAGGGGCAGCUCCACGCCCUCACAGAGUACAUUAACGGUGGUAACUUGGAGCAGCUGUUGGGGAGUGACAAGUACCUGUCGUGGAGAGUGCGGAUGAUCCUGGCCCUGGACAUCGCCCGGGGACUGCAGUACCUGCACAGCAAGGGCAUCUUCCACAGGGACCUCACCUCCAAGAACUGCCUGGUGCGCUGGGAGGGCUGCGUGUGCUCAGCCGUGGUGGGAGACUUUGGCCUGGCGGAGAAAAUCCCAGAUUACAGUGAGGAGGAGGACCAGGAGCCUCUGGCUGUCGUCGGCUCCCCCUACUGGAUGGCCCCGGAGGUGCUCAGAGGAGAGGUGUAUAAUGAGAAGGUGGAUGUGUUUGCGUACGGGAUCAUCCUGUGUGAGAUCAUUGCGAGGAUACAGGCCGACCCCGACAUCCUGCCACGCACUGAGGAUUUUGGUCUGGAUGUGGACACCUUUCAACAGAUGGUGGGAGAUUGUCCUCCGGACUUCCUGGAACUGGCCAUUGCCUGCUGUAAUAUGAAUUCAAAGCUCCGUCCAUCCUUCUCCCAAAUUGUGGUGGAGCUGGAGAGGAGACAGGCUGAGAGGAAACCGAAGGACGAACCAUCAGUCAAAGCGGUUUCUCCAGUCAUUGGCCCUCUACGAAGACGAUCCCUCUGCCUCCUGUCAGAUCCUCGACUCUCCCGCAGCAAAUCCGACAUGCUCCACCCCCCAGAAAUGUCCCCCUCUGUUACUAUGGCAAUUCCUGCUCGGGUCAACCCCUUCUCUCAGAGGGAGGACCUCAAGGGAGGCAAGAUCAAGCUGUUCGACACUCCCAGCAAGUCUGUCAUCUCCCUUACCUUCACCCUGCCUCCUCCACCUGACUGCGACGACCCCUCUGCGUCCGAGACCGACAGCGGUGAGCUACCGAGGAGGCACAGGCGCUGCCACUCACUGCCUUGUACGCCUCCUCCGCACCUCACAUCACCGCCGAACACUGUCCUUACCGAGGAGGAGUCCACGUCUGAGGUAGACACUGUAAACGGAGAGACAAACCGAGUGAGUGAAGAAGAGAGACUGUUAGGAGAAGAGAAGGAGAUCAGGGAAAGGAGCGGAACUGAUUCAGGCCUUCCUCUUUCCUUUGAACCCCUGUCGCUGGAUCAAGAGGAAGAGGGGGAGGAGGAGGACUACGAGGAGGAGGAGCCCAUGGACUGUACCAGCUCCCCAGACACACAAGACAGCACUUCAUCUCCUUAUUCCAAACUCUCCUUUCCUCCGUCCCACUCCUCAACUCCCAUCCAACCCUCCACUCCUCCCUUCUCGAAAGGCUGGGGGUCGGCCAUCUCCAACGGGCCCCCGUGCCUGCCUCCCCUCUCUCAUUUGGACAACAACAACGUGGUCAUGGGUCGACCCUUGGGAUGGAGUGCCACCACCAGUGCUCCCACCACAACCAACAACAACGGCUACCACUUCCCUCCCAGCGACCCCGCUGGGUCAUCCCCAUUCGGCUCCGGCAGCGGACACUCUCUGGACCAGGAGGAGGUCAUCUCCUGUCCCGGCUGCUGCCUCGCUGGACUUCGCUUUCCCUCAAUGUGUCCCCGAGCUCCACCGCGCAGAAACCCCUACAAGAACUUGAACGGGGACCAUGCAGCUUCACGUGGGCUGCUUUGUCCGGGACCCAAGGGCCUGCCGCCCUCCCCUACCCCGACAACUACCACCGCCAGCCUGGAGCCGGGACUGGCCUUGCCGGGGGCACAGACAUAAACUUCUCAACACCAAAUGCACACCGAGAAGAUUUGUUGAAACCAAAAGCUUAUCCCUGGAAAUUAAGUGGGUCUUCGAAGAAUUUGCACUGAUUUUAACGCAGCAAUACCCUGCUUAUUUUCCAGACAUAGUUUUUGGUGCAGAUCGGUUUACUAUAACACACUGACUUUCUCCGUGUUAGCUGUAGGACGAGGUGCUGGUGGCUUGUUACAUGUCGCCCUCUGCUGGGUUGAGGGCGACAUGUAGAUCUGACUAAUUGAUCUACAUCAAAGAACUGUUCAGCAUGGAAACACUCCAGUUUGGGGUCCAGUUGGUUGGAUCCUGUAAAUGUGCAGAUGUAAAGAUUCUUAUGACUGAUGAUAUUGAUGAUGAUGCUCAAAUGAGGAAUGUUAAGCUUAGUAUUAUUACUGCUGCAAUGAUUUUUGAUGUUUGGUGCCGUUUCUAAAUGAACAGGCAGUUUUGCUUUAAUGUCUUUAAUUAUCAAGGUGUGUAUGUGGGUGUGUGUGUGUGUGUGUGUGUGUGUGUGUGUGUGUGUAAGAGUGGGUGUGUGUGUGUAA